CUCAUCAACAGGAUCACAUAGCAACCAUGAGGUCUCUGGUCUUUGUUCUGCUCAUCGGAGCUGCUUUUGCCACGGAGGACGACAAGAUCGUCGGAGGGGUUGAGUGCACACCCUACUCCCAGCCCCAUCAGGUGUCUCUGAACUCUGGAUAUCACUUCUGUGGUGGCUCCCUGGUCAACGAGAACUGGGUUGUGUCUGCUGCUCACUGCUACAAGUCCCGCGUGGAGGUGCAUCUUGGAGAGCACAACAUCAGGGUCACCGAGAACACCGAGCAGUUCAUCAGCUCCUCCCGUGUCAUCCGCCACCCCAACUACAGCUCCUACAACAUCGACAAUGACAUCAUGCUGAUCAAGCUGAGCAAGCCCGCCACCCUCAACCAGUACGUGCAGCCCGUGGCUCUGCCCACCAGCUGUGCUCCCGCUGGCACCAUGUGCACAGUCUCUGGAUACCUGGAGGGAGGCAAGGACUCUUGCCAGGGUGACUCUGGUGGCCCCGUUGUGUGCAACGGUGAGCUGCAGGGUGUUGUGUCCUGGGGAUACGGAUGUGCUGAGAGGGACCACCCCGGUGUCUACGCCAAGGUCUGCAUCUUCAACAACUGGCUGGAGACCACCAUGGCCAGCUAUUAAGUCUGAUCCUGUGACCACUAUCUUACUCAGCUGCCUUUCUUCUGUCAUUCUAACAACAAUGUUGUUGUAGUGUUUUGAACAUUGUGCAGUAAUUUUCCAUCUGAGUCAAUAAAGUCUUACAUCUUGACUUCAA